UUACCACGGGUGCCUCUAGAGGCUGCUUCUGCAAAUCACGUCACCGAUGCCUCCCAUUGCUGAUGGGGAUUGUCGUUUCCGGUUCCUUAACCCUUAGCAUCUCGAACUUCGAAUGCGCCACCACUGCCAACACUAUCCGAAUUGCACACCACCAAGAUAACGGCCCGCCAUGGAUCGUGCUAGGAGGCACGAGUUGCGCGAGCUGAACGAGCGGGCUUGGAAUGGGGAGAAGGAUCUUUUCCCCGUCGGCAACUCGCUCGACUCAACCAUGAAGAAAAACACUGCUUUCAUUAAGCGCCUGCGUACCGCCAUCUCCCCCGCGACCCUGAACACGUUCCUCCAAGAAAUCAAGACCGUCAGCCUGUCGAAAUAUCUUUCCGAGAUUGUCUCGGCUUGCCACGAGGGUUUAUGCAAGCUCAGGUCCCCGGGCGAGAUUGAAGCCGGCGUGGAAAUUGUCAGCGCUCUGCACCAGCGCUUUGGACCCGACGAGUUUACAUCGUACCUGGGAUGGUUCCUCGGGAGGUCGAUGGCGACACCCGAUAAAAGCGUUCUGAAAACGCUUACCCCGGAAGCAAGAGACAAGGAGGAGAAGGAUCGAUUGGUUCGACAGCGGGUCCUCCUCCGGGUCGUGACCGAGCUCUGGCUGGUUGAUGUCCUGCGCACCCUGGACGACAUCAAGCGCCCGGAUGAUGCCACGAAUGGAGGUGCUGGAAAGCAGACCGAAGUGAAGUCCCGUGCCUCCGCCAAAGGAGGUGCUGCCGAACCAUUCCCCCUUGAAGUUCUGAAGGAUCUUCUUGGUCAUGACCGGGAACAUGCCAACCUGCCGCUACUAGUCGUCUUCGUCAGGGCGUUCAGCUGGGAUGUCCUCGGCGUCAGGGCUGCCGGCUCCGAGGGCCGCAAAACUGUUGAGGAAGAUGGCGUGACCAAGGCCGGAGAAGCGGCUGAUGACCAAGAAGGCGAGCCCGAACCGACGUCUGAAGAUCCUCCUUUCACCCCGCCCGAACUACAGGAACGCUUCAGGAACAUCUUGAAACGCUACUUCGAAGACGUCAAGGGCCACCUUGUCCGGGACCAAAAGGCCAUUUACAACCAGUCCCGCAAGAAUGCCGAAGCCUACGUCAAGUCGGGCGAAGUGUUUGAAGACCGCCAGGCGAAUUUUGAGAAGCAAGUCAAGGCUCAGGAGCGUCUUGUAGCCAACGCACAUGUCAUCGCGGAUGCCAUUAGCGCCGAGAUGCCAGAUCUGAAGGACAGCGACGAUCCUUCAGGUGGCGCGAAUGGCUCUAUUGGCAUUGUCAAAGCUGGUGAAUACCUACGCGGUCAAGGAGACGGUUCCGGAAUCUGGGAGGAUGAAGAGGAGCGCCGCUUCUACGAAAACCUCGUUGACCUACGGGGCAAGGUUCCCGGCAUUCUCCUGGAGGAAGUCAAAAAGAAGAAGGCCGAUGCGGACGAGCAGGUUGGCAAGAAGGUUGACCCGGCGGAAGUCGCUGAAGCCCCGAAGCCGGCCGACACCGCCGCCGACGAUCAGUCAGUGGCGAUUGCAAACAAGACCAUCGGAGCUCAAGUCGAUGCUCUGCUUACCAGAUUGCCGGACCUCACGACCAAAGAUGCCAUUGACCAGACAGCCAUCGACUUUUGUUAUCUCAACUCGAAGGCUUCGAGAAACCGGCUUGUAAAGGCAUUGACAGACGUCCCGAAGGGCCGCGGUGAUCUUCUCCCGUGUUGGGCGAGACUCGUUGCCACUCUCGGCCAGUACAUGACAGACAUCCCUAAGGGACUCGUGGACUACCUGGAUGCCGAGUUCCGCAGUCUGCAACGGCGCAAGGAAAAGGAAUUUCUGGGUCAAGUCAGGCUCAGCAACAUUCGCUACCUGGCUGAACUGACCAAGUUCGGCAUUGUCCCCGAGCACGUUGUCUUCCAUUGCCUCAAGGUCAGCCUAGAUGAUUUCUCUCGCAUGAACAUCGAGAUCAUCUGCAACCUGCUGGAGAACUGUGGCCGCUACCUGCUGCGGAACCCCGAGACUUCGCCCCGCAUGUCGGCGUUCUUGGAAACGUUACAACGGAAGAAGUCUGUGCAGCACAUCGGACCGGCCGAGAGAAUGCUUAUCGAGAACGCCGUGUACUACGUCGACCCACCUCAGCGUCCGGCAAUCGAGCAAAAGGAGAGAACGCCCAUGGAGCUCUUCAUCCGCAAGCUUGCUUACGCGGACCUGACCAAGCGGAACUACAGCAAAGUCCUCAGGCAGAUUCGCCGGCUCCACUGGGAAGAGAAAGAGGUUGUCUCUGUGCUUCACAAGGUGUUCUCGAAGCCUGGAAAAGUCAAGUUUGGCAACAUCCAUCUGCUUGCCAUCCUGUUGAGCGCCGUCAACAGGUACCAUCCCGAUUUCGUGAUCGGCAUCAUCGACUCCGUAAUCGAGUCCAUCGCGUUUGGUCUUGAGCAAAAUGACUUCAAAUUCAACCAGCGCCGUGUUGCUGAAGUCAAGUACCUGGGCGAGCUGUACAACUACAGGAUGCUCGAGCAUCCCGUGAUCUUCGAUGUCAUGUACAAGAUCAUGACCUUCGGUCACGGUGGGCCGCCAAUGCCUGGGCGUAUCAACCCGUUCGAUCAGCCUGACGACUACUUCCGCAUUCGCCUCAUCUCCACAGUUCUCGAGACGUGUGGGAUGUUUUUCAACAAGGGUGCUGCCGGGAAGAAGCUCGACUACUUCCUCUCCUUCUUCCAGUAUUACAUCCACGCCAAGAACCCUUUGCCCAUGGAUAUCGAGUUCCUAGUCCAGGACAUUUUCGCUUUGUGCAGACCUCAGUGGAAGCUAGCUUCUAACAUAGAGGAAGCCGCGGAAGUGUUCCGUCUAGCGAUGGUCCAGGACCAGAAGACUUCGGGACUUGACAGGGCCGUGGAGCAGGAUGAUGAAACAAGCGGAGGUUCCAGUGAUGACGAGCAUGUGGGGGACCAGGAUGAUGAUGACGAGUCGGGCUCAGAGGACGGAGAGGUAGAGGCCGAGGACGCUGAGCAGGACCCAUCCUACAAUACAAGCGACUCUGAGGAAGAAGCCAUCGUUGUCACUCGCGAGGAAGAAGAGAUCGAUCCCGAAGAUGAAGCUGAUUUCGACCGCGAGUAUGCGAAGAUCAUGGCCGAAAGCGCCGAGACGCGCAAGUUCCAGCCGAAGCAACAAGUUGAUAUCCCUCUCCCCAUCCGAGCCAAGGCUCGAGAAGCCACGGGCGGCAGCGAGACUGCCGAAAGCGGGCCCGGCACCCCGGGCGGAACAAUGGCCUUCUCGCUACUUACGAAGAGGGGAAAUCGCCAACAGACACGAACGGUUGAAUUGCCCUCGGACUCUAACUUUGCCGUGGCCAUGAUCAACCAGCGGCAGGUAGCGAAGGAGGAGCAACAGCGCAUCAAAAACCUGGUGCUGAACUAUGAUCUUCGGGAAAACGAAGAACAGGACGGUGAAGAGCACACGAACUCCCACAAGUCAAACAUCAAUAUUCAUCACAUUUCAGCAGGACACGAGAAACCACCAGCGCAUCACCACCACAACCGGCUCGAUCCUCGGUUGGGCAAGGAGCGCGGACAACGGGUCCGCAAGCUCCAACUUAGCGACGUUGACUGGUAUGAUAACCCCGAAAACAAACCCUUUCAAGAGCGAGGGCAAGUGCCCUAUGCUGCCCAGGGGCGUCCCAACGGAUCGAACCAAAGCUACCGGCGACGCAACAUAUGCCAACCACCCGUCCGCCAUGUGGCUGUGAAGCAAGAGCAUGACUAGCACUUCAUCGCAUGCAUUUUGCUUCAGGCAGACGUCAAGAGACGAGCUCGCGUAGAUCGCAGCAGCAGAACAAGCACAUCGAUUAG